ACAGUAUUCCGCUGUUUCGUCCCACUUUCUUCGUCCUAGUCCCCCACGAAUGUAGGUCUCCCCACCGGUAUAUGUUGCCGCUACCAUGCAAUACUUGAUCGAAGGAGAGGGAAGCUAUGUGCGGGUGUUUGUCGUACCUAUACGUUUAGCCAUUCGAUCGACUGCUAGUCCGGGUAUAUCCGUAUAUGCGAUUGAUGUUGGAUAUAGAUGCAUUAUAUAAUUAUAUGCCAGAUACAUUUGUGUCCGACUAGUUUGAUGUGAUCGGUCUCCGAUAUAUGCAAACGUGCGAAUAGUGUCAGUCAAUUUAAAGAAGUUUAUUUUACUUUUUAUAUCGUGAUAAUUUUUUAUAUUGUGAUAAUUUUUUAUAUCGUGAUAAUUUUUUAUAUAAUAUUAAAAGAAUUUUUACUAAAAGAAAUUGUUUUUGCAAAAACUCGCAUGUGCCAAAUAACAUUUCAGAAUACGAAAGUUACUUUUCUUUCGUAUUUAUGCGAAAAAUUCAAACAUCGAAAAAUAUAUACGGAUUUUAUACGGAAAUUAUUUCUUCCUUUCGCGAAGAAAACUCUAAAAUGUACAAUGUGAAGAUUUUAAAUAAAUAUAAAACCACAUAAUGCAAUAAUUGAUGAAAAAUCAGGAUCGAUACUUUGAAGAAGAUGUACUCAAUGCGCUUGACGUUCCUUCUCGUCGCGUCGAUAUGCAGCUUGAUCGCGCAGCCAACAUUCUUCAGAAGUACAUUCAAAGGAUUGAACGGCGUCGAAUCGAGUCCUUCUGCGCUCGCGAACGACGAGAUACGAGUCGUUUAUUAUCACGAACAGACAGUGGCGGUGAUCAAUCUCGAUCCAAGCAAUGUAUUACGCGAUUGCAAUAUCAUUGAAGUAUAUGAGCCGUCCGAGGCUAUCGAAGUUUUACGAAACUUGUCUAUGACUUUACAACCACAAGUGGUAUCCUUUCAGGAGAUAACGAGACUUAUGCAACAAUGCGAAUUGUUGGACAAACUUCAAGUAAAAGCUACAUCCACUUUGCCCACAAACGCAUUAAGCAGAGCCGCUAGUUCAAUUACUCUGUUAUCUGGUAUUCUACCAGGUACAAAAUGGUGCGGUACGGGAGAUAUAGCUGAAAAUUACCAUGAUCUGGGCGAUUUACCUCACAUUGAUAGAUGCUGUCGUACCCACGACCUUUGCCCUAUAAAAGUCCGAGCUCAACAGACCCGAUAUAAUCUUACAAAUUACUCCCUGUAUACUAAGUCACAUUGUACUUGCGACAAAGCGCUUUAUCAAUGUUUAAAAGCUGCCAAUCAUCCAACGGCAAAUCUAAUGGGACAGAUAUAUUUCAACAUCGUCAAAGUUCCAUGUAUAGAAGACAAAAAAAGAAACCAGUAUUCCUCCACGGAAUUGUCAAGAAAGUUUGUACCUGUGAAAAAAGAAUAUUAAAACUUGAUAAUGUAUAUUAUAAUUACUAAAAAUGUAAAUCAAAUGUAUGAUAUUAGAUGUAUUCAAAAGUUUAACAUAUGCUCAAUUUAAAAAAAAAAGUAAAAA